UCGCGCCAAAUUUGUCCCCGGCUUCAAACCGGAAGUCAUGUGCUGCAUGUUUCUGCUGUCUGUCCUCCCGUUUGUGCUCCCGUCUUGUUGCUGUUGUCAUACUGCGCGCUAGUCCUGUGUUUGCUGUUGUUAUAACAGUAUCUUUUUGUGUGUGCACGGUAACUCAUCGGUUAAGGGUUUGUGUGUAGCAUAAGGAAUGGAUGUAAGUAAAGGGCAGGAGGACACUGGCUCCAUGGCGGAGCUGGAGGAUGAGGAGCUGUGUGAAGCUCUCGCCGUGUUGGCUGGCAGUGAUCCGGAGAAGUGCUCAUAUCCUCAGGGAUAUGUGAAAAGACAGGCUGUGUUUGCUUGCAGCACUUGCACAGGUGAGGGCAUGGAGCCGGCUGGAGUGUGCCUCGCCUGUGCUAACACCUGCCACGAUGGCCACAACAUCUUUGAACUGUACACGAAAAGGAACUUUCGCUGUGAUUGUGGAAACAGCAAGUUCGGCUCGUUUAAAUGCGAACUGAUCCCUGACAAAGAGGGACAGAACAUCAAGAACGUUUAUAAUCACAAUUUCUUUGGCCGUUACUGCUCCUGUGACAGACCUUACCCUGAUGAGGACGAUAAGGUCGGUGAAGCAAUGAUUCAGUGUAUUCUCUGUGAAGACUGGUACCACUCAAAGCAUCUGGGUUGUGCAGUUGUGGACUCAGAGGAGUUACUGGAAAUGGUGUGUGAGGGUUGUAUGAACAGAGCUCCCUUCCUUUGGACCUACGCUGUCUCCUUUGCAUAUCCCCCAGUAACCAAAAUGAGUCUCAGUAAAGAGGAUGAGGAGGAGACUGUGGCAGGAAAUAAAGAAGAGAAGGAUGCAAUGCUGCCUUCAUGCAGUAAUGGCCAUGAUGGGCCCUCCACAAGUAAAAACUGUCAAAAGGAAGCAAGGCUCACUAGUAAUGGAAUUAAAGCUGUAAGCCACAAGAGGACGCAUGAGGAGAUGGAGAGGUGUCCUGCAAAGUGCCAGUCUGAAACUGCACCAUGCAAGUUGAAGGAGUUAAAGGCCAGAGGCUUGGUGAGGCCAGAGGUGGGGGCGGUGUUCUGGCCAUACGACUGGCGGUCCAAGCUUUGCACUUGCACAAACUGCAAGAGGUCGUAUGUGGAGGCUGGUGUUCAGUUCCUGAUGGAUGAGUCAGACACCGUACUCGCAUACGAGAAUAAGGGUGAGGCGUUGCUGGAGGAAGACCUGCUCAUGUCCUGCCUCAGUUCCCUGGACCGUGUCCAGCAAUUGGAGAUCAUUUACCAGUACAAUGAUAUGAAAGCAGAGCUACGUGAGUUCCUUCAGCAGUUUGCUGACCAGGGCAAGGUUGUGACCCCUGAGGCUAUCCACAUGUUUUUUGAAGAGCUGCAGUCAAGGAAAAGGAGACGGGCCAGUGCUGGGCAGUAUUACUGCAGCUGAGCUGGUAUGGAUGGCCAUCCUUGCAUUCCAGUUUCUUCCUUUCUAAGCAUACUUGGAAUAAAUGAGAAAAUUCAAAAGACUACUAUCUCUAAGGAGAAGCAAUUCCAAGUAUUAAUUUUAAGCUGCUAGUGUGUAUUGCGCACCUCACCUUGUCUAAUGUGGGAGGAGUGGACAUUAGAGGAUGUCCACGUUAAGACUCGUGUAGGAGGUUGUCAAUAAGCUUGGACUGACUAUGAUGGACUGGAGAGUUGGCUGGAGUCCAUAAGCUAUAGACGUCUCAGUGGCAACAAUCUGAAUGUUCAGUCACCUUGUCAAUUACUAUGCGUUCCUCAAACUGGAUGAUUAAAUACAGCUCAGAAAUGCAUGUUGUUUGAUGUCAUAUCAUUGUAGUCAAAGCUUACAGAUGCACAAUAAAGACUUGGGAUUAGACAAGUAAAUCUGUUACCAAUCAACACACACAAAAUGAAAAUACAACAAUACUAUUGAAGCAAGUUUAUUCUAAGGAUGCUUUCUAGCUGCAAAGCUGGUCACUGUUAUUCACCCUCUCUGAGGUAACAGUAGAAAAAUAUAACUGGUGAAAAUUCAUUACAAGAAAUGCAAUUAUAUUAAAGUUUAAGUACAAUCAACAUAUUUAUCAGAAACAAUCGUAUCAAACCACAACACAAAUCCAAGUAAAAGGUACCUAGGAGUUUAAAAAUACUAUUUUUCAAAGAUGUACAUGAGGCAGUACAGGCCGUUUAGAAACUGGCAGAUGGAUACAUAGGCUCCUAAGAAGGCUUGCAUAGGCCAAAAUCACCAACUUUAAUAAAAUACUUGGCCUCUGCACACGCAAGGCACACUCUCAGGUCAUGUGCAGUGUUAAACAGAUGCAGUAAUGAACCCCGAAGCCCUCUGAUCUCAAUUAGGACAAUUUGAAAAAACAUUUCUCUAACAAAUUCAAGUGUAUUGUGAAAUGGAUACAAAUGCAAACUCUUGUUCUGCUACUGAAGUACAUCACUGAUGAGCAGCAAAACAGAACAUUAGAGUGCAUUAGCAGCAUUUUACUGUGUUAAAGGGUUUUUCCACAGUACAGAUAAAAUAUAGUAAUGACUAUUCUCACACUGUAUCCAAGUCACAUGCUUGCUCUUUAAAUAGGUUGAUGACAGUUAUGCAGCCAAAUAAGGACUGUGGUAAUUCAUAAAUACUAGAAAAUACUGUGUAUAAAAUGUGGAUUAUGGAGUGUCACUUUGGAUCAAGCACUGAAAAUAUAGCUACAAAGUCCUCUAUUGCCACAUUGCAUACAUACAUCAGUAAUCAACGUGCAGUCAGAUGAACAUAUGAUGUAUUAAAUGCUAUACUGGCGAAUCAUUUCCUAUUUAGAUUUAAUGUGAAGGAGAAAUACAAACUUACUUGUGAGAAGACCUUUCAGUAGCUGUCAGGCAAAAAAAAAAAAAAGUGUACUACAACAAAAUUCUCAUAGCACUAGGUGGCACUGUAAAAAUUACAAAAUGGAGUGAAGGAGAAAGAGGGUAGCGCACACUGCAAAAAACUUGCCUCUACAAUUGUACAUUAUUCACUAACCAUGAGCUCAGUAAAGUUGGACUGAGACUCAAAUUAAUUUCAUGAAAAAUACGCAAUGGCUUACACUCAUUUCUUGGUUUCUGAGCUCAAAAUCCACAGCUAAGGCCACUGGAUGUGAGGAGGAGGUGAACCCGAGCAUGUUCGUGUUUUCUACAGUACAAAGAUUAAUCUUUCUGGUAGCACCAAGGCUGGUGCCAGUGUAAAUAUUGAACAGACUUGAUUGAUUGUAGAUACUUUAAGCAUCUUACGUAAUUUAAAUAUGUACUUAAGAAGGGUGUGAAAUGGUAUUUAAAAACACCACUAAAUUUCCUAUAUAUGUACAGUACUAGUAAAAGGUGCAUGACACUGUUAAAACUGCCAGAGCUAUGAAUUUCAAAUCUUUUUCUCCUGCUCAAUGAUUAUGUUGUAACUUGGUGCUUUUAAAACCCGUGUAUCUUUAUAUUAACCAGAACGAUGCCUGAUGUUUUGACCUUGUAUGGGAUAUCUGGAGGAUAUUACGAUUGCUAAAAGAAAAUGGGUAACAAAACACUUUCCAAUAUUCACAAAGAGGUUUAGCCGGUGGCACAAUGAAGUUUUGGAUUUUAUGAGACAUGACUUUAUGCUUAGAUUAGAAAUGCUUGACCAAUUAAAAACAGUAGCACUGGUUUUUGAUAUUUUCUUAGUACCAAGAGGGGUCAUUCUGGGAUAGUGUGCAACUGAACAAUGAGACUGAAACUAAAUUUUAUACAAGUUCAAGAUCUGGUGCUAAAAAAAAAAAAAAAAAAAAAAAAAAAAAAAAACAGCUCUCAGAUGAAUAAUGGCUACAUCUAUAAAAAUAUGCCCCAUUCAUACCAACAAAACACGGCGUAGAGUACAUGCAGACGGGUGACAAAUUAAAAGGAAAAACAAGGUGGCUGUGUAACGUUUUCACCCUCUUAGAGGGAAAAGUCACUAUAAAGUGCGCUUAACCACCAUCAUCAAAACACCAACUAGAACUCUUUGAGUACAGUUCCAGAGACAUGUAGGAGCCAUGCCAAUGUGCAGUGAAGCUGUUCUAGUGGCUUGUGGUGGCACAACACAAUUUAUGUUGCUUUUAAUUAGUCAGCCUCCCAUAUUUAUCCAGCCCACUAUAAGCAAAAGUAAAAAUGUGUCCUCUUCCUGUCUACAGCACCCACAACUGAUCUAUUCUACAUAUACUGGUUUCAGGCCUAAAGGAAAAGGAGUUCUUUGCUGGUAUAAGAUAAAUGCA